CAGGUGUCUUUUAUUUUUCCGGAAAAGUACGGAAUCCGCCGAUGUUUUCAGGGGCCAUCUCAAUGAAGCACAUUCUCCCUGUGACAUUCCAGUAUCUAAUGAAAACAAGCUAUACCCAGAAAUAAAUAACUUGUUAUGGAUCCCCUUUUCUUGGCAUACAGCUGUUUUAGGAGGAAAAAAUACCAACAGUGUGUUGAUAUUUGCAGUGAACUUCUUGAAAAGAAUCCUUACGAUCAGGCAACAUGGACACUGAAGACAAGGGCUCUCACAUCCCAGGUGUAUGUUGACGAGGUGGACUGGGAUGAGGAAGGGAUAGCAGAGAUGUUGAUGGACGAUAAUGUUACUGCGCAGGUUGCCCGGCCAGGGACUUCACUCCGCACACCUGGUGCUGGAGGACAAGGGGGCCUAAGUCAAGGUGUUAGGCCUGUGUCACAAUCAGGUCGACCAACCUCAGGAUUUGCAAGACCAGGGUCACAGGGGGGCAGACCAGGUACAAUGGAACAAGCAAUCAGAACACCACGCACUGCUCAUACUGCUCGGCCUGUCACGAGCGCUUCUGGCAGAUAUGUCCGUCUUGGCACGGCAUCCAUGCUAUCAACCCCAGAUGGACCAUUCAUCAACCUGGCUCGUCUGAACAUGUCAAAAUAUGCAGCACGACCUGGCCUUGCGAAAGCAUUGUUUGAAUACAUUUUCCACCAUGAGAAUGAUGUCAGAAAUGCGCUUGAGCUGGCAGCAUUGGCUACUGAGGCAUGUCAGUUCAAGGACUGGUGGUGGAAGGUACAGCUUGCCAAGUGCUACUACAGGCUGGGUAUGUACCGUGAUGCUGAACAGCAGCUUAAGUCGGCCAUAAAGCAACAGGACAUGGUAGAUACUUACCUGUACCUGUGCAAAGUCUACCAGAGGCUUGAUCAACCCCUUACUGCAGUCGACCUCUACAAACAGGGCCUUGAGAAAUUUCGUGGUGAAACCAGUCUACUUUCCGGCAUCGCUAGGAUUUAUGAGACGAUGAAUGAGAUGGACAACGCGGUAAAGUUUUACAAGGAUGUACUGCGUUUUGACAACAUGCAUGUGGAGGCGAUUGCAUGUAUUGCCACCCAUCACUUCUACACAGACCAGCCUGAGGUCGCGCUCAAGUUUUACAGGCGACUUCUUCAAAUGGGUGUCUACAACGCAGAGCUUUUUAACAAUCUGGGGCUCUGCUGCUUCUAUGCUCAACAGUACGAUAUGACCCUCACCUGUUUUGAGCGGGCACUUUCCCUCGCUGAUGAAAACACUGUGUCGGAGAUAUGGUUUAAUAUAGGACACGUGGCAAUAGGCAUAGGAGAUAAUACGUUAGCCUACCAGGCAUUCAGACUGGCAUUGUCCAACAAUAACGACCAUGCGGAGGCAUAUAAUAAUCUUGGAGUUCUUGAAAUGAGGAAGGGACAUGUUGAUAUGGCGAGGGCGUUUUUCCAGGCAGCGUAUGUUAUUUGUCCGCACAUGUAUGAACCACAUUACAACUGGGCACAGCUAGCAGACCAGCUUGGCGACUUACAGAGCAGUUACAACUCUGCAAAGCGUGCCGUCGAGGCCUUUAAAGACCACGUGGAUUCCAAAGAUCUCCUUAAACAACUUCAACACCAUUUUGCUCUCUUGUGAUACAAUGACCUCUGUUUAAAUGUUAUUGUUGUGCUAUUACACUUUUUCAAUGUGGAGUUGUGUAAGUUAACAGAAAGAUGCUUUUACCAUUUCAUUUUACAUAAGACUUACUUAAUCUUUUGUUUAAAGGACAUGUAAACAUAAAUUUGUUUUCAUUAAGUGUAAUCCACAAACAAACGGGGCAGUUAAUACGUAAGGUAUGGCACAUCGCCACAAUGGCCCAAUUUCAAUACAGCCCAGACUUUACGGCCUAGGUAAGUGGACCAUGUUGCCUAAAGUGAAAAACAUACAGGCUAGAUGAGCGGACCAUACAUCAUAGAUUGUAGCAUCUGAUACUGCCUUUGUAUAUUCCAUGUUUUUGUGAAUAAAUAACUA